UAAGAUAAUAAUGUAAAACAAUAAAAUGACCUAUAGUCAGACAAAACACACACACAAGACACACGAUAUAAGAGGGCCGGUCACCAACGGUCAAGGCGGAGUGCUCUUCCGGUCUUUUUGUAUAAAUGAUCAUAAGCGAGUGUAAAAGACUACGCAGAUCAGAUAUACAAAAAUACGUGUUAGUGUUAAAAUACAUUUUAUAUUUAUGUUAAAGUUAAAUUUAUUAAAUAGUGUUAAAGAAAAACUAUAAUAAAGAUAAUAAGUAUAUUUAAGUGAAAAAAGUCUUACAUUUAUUCAACGUGCACUGGUCACCUUAUUCCACAUUCAGAAAGAAGCCAUUGCCAAGAGAAGAAAGAUGGUUAACUCACCAUCAGAAAAAAAUACAACUCCAUAUACUCGACUGAGGUUGAAAAAUGAACCAUCUUCUUUUAGAAGGUCAUUAAGAUACAAAAGUGCUGAUGAAAUAUCAAAUGAAUGUGUCUCACAUAAUCAUUCUUCUAAAAAAAAAACUCCACAAUCAGGUGACUUAAAAUUGAAAAUAAAGCGUAUAGAUAAAUCUAAUCACGUAUCAAUACCUUCUCCUGGCAUAUUAAAAAUGAAAAAUGAAAAUAUUCAAGAUAAUGAGCUAAACAAGUUUUCAUGUCUUCCAACUACGCCCAAAAAGAAUUCAAGAAAAUCACUGUGCCAGAGGGAAGAUGAAAUAAAUAAUUUUUUAAAUUCAGUUAAUAAAGCUCUGUUUGAAAGUGACAUUACUGAUACUGAAGAUGAAUUACUAAACAUGCCAAAAAGACGUUCACGGAGAAUUUCUUCAUUAUCUCCUAGUAAAUCAAAUGACAUGAUUAAUACAUCAAUCUCUAAACGGCUGAGAAAACCUGUGGAUCGAUUUGGUGAUGUGGUAGAUUUAAAUGAAGUUGUAACACCAGAUUCUCCUCCAGAAAGAAAAUGCAUGAGACAACCUGUUGAUGAAAAAAUUAAUACUCCUAAACACAAUAAAAAAGGUAGAAAAAUAUCAAUAACUGAUGAAGAUGAAAGUGCAGAUAUUGAAACUUGGAGAACUCCAAAGAAUAAACAUUUAAGACAAUCUGUCACUCCUUGUUCUGGCUCAAAAAUACGCCGAAGUAUGUUACAAGGUAUACCAGAAAAUAAAGAAAUUGAGAUUUCGACACCAAAAACACCAAAAACACCUAGAAAAACUCCAAAAAUACACGUCAAAAACUUAACAGCUUCGGUGAGUAAAAGAUUGGAUAGUGGAACAAGAAUUCCGUGUAGUCCUUUAGAAAAAGCAAGAGCAAAUUUACAUUUACAUGCUGCUCCUAAACAUUUACCAUGUCGUGAACUUGAAUAUAAAUCUAUACAUUCUUUUUUAGUUAGAAAAAUUAAUGAUGAGUUAACAGGAAGUAUGUAUAUUAGCGGUGUUCCUGGUACUGGAAAAACAGCAACAGUCAAAAGAGUAAUAGAUUCACUAAAUGCUGAUUUAUUGAUGAAACACAGUUUUAAAUUUGUUGAAAUAAAUGGUUUAAGGCUUGCUAAUCCACACCAAGCAUUUUCAGUCAUAUGGAAAGAGUUAACCGGAGAAACAGUGUCAUCUUCUCGAGCUCAAACACUUCUUAAUGACUAUUUUUCUAACAAAAAAGUUAAAGAGUUGUCUACAAUUUUAUUAGUUGAUGAAGUGGACCAUAUUUGUAAUCGUAAACAAGACGUUGUGUAUAAUAUACUCGAUUGGCCUAGUCAAACUGGUUCAAAAGUAGUUGUAAUAACAAUUGCUAAUACAAUGGAUUUGCCUGAACGAGUAUUACGAGGAUGUGUGACUAGUAGAAUGGGAUUGACCAGAUUAGUAUUUAAACCAUACACAUUCCAGCAGUUACAAGAAAUAAUUAUGAAUAGGUUGUUAGGAAAUUCUACUUUUGAUCCAGAUGCUGUGCAAUUGGUAGCAAGAAAAGUAGCAGCAGUAUCAGGUGAUGCAAGACGAGCUCUGGACAUAUGUCGUCGAGCUAUUGAUUUAAUUAAGUCUGAAGAUGAGUCACAAUUAAUAACCAUUAACCAUGUAACUCAGGUGUUAAGUUCAAUACUUUCUGGUGUUCGUGUAACUGCUAUCAGAUACUGUUGUCUCUUUGAACAAUUUUUUCUUAGAGCACUUAGAGAUGAAACAUCUAGUACAGGUAUUGAACAUAGUACUAUUGACUCUGUUUAUACACAAAUGAAAAAUAUUUGCUUGCUUGAAGGUGAAGAGUUACCAAAUGAGCAGCAAGUAAUUAUGAUGGCGUAUCGAUUAAGAGAUAGCGGUCUUAUUUUUUUGGAAAAAAAGAGAUGGGACAUAUUCCGUAAAGUCUCACUCAAUGUCAGCCCGGAGGAUAUUAGUUAUGCUUUAGAUAAAUAUAACAAUUAAGUUAAUUUUGUAAUAAUAUAAUUGUAUUUCACUAUUUAUUUUUCCUUAUUGUGACUUAUAUACUUGGUAUAUCCGUUUUGAAUUUUUAUUUUAUUCAUAUGAAUAUAUUGUUCACUUUUUUUUUUUUUGAAAUUAUCAAAAUGA